AUGGAGCCUCCCAAUGUCGGUGACCGGGUCGAGGACCUUGAUACGCCUUCCAUGAUUGUAGAUCUUGAUCUCAUGGAGGUGAACAUCAAGAAGCUGAUGGACAAGCUGCUGCCAACGGGACUCAACAUUCGCCCGCAUCUCAAGACAACAAAGAGCGCCAUUCUUGCCGGAAAACUCGCAAAGGCUGGCGCCAAGGGAGGUUGCGUGGCCAAGGUUAGCGAGGCCGAGGUCAUUGCCGCUGCUGGAUUCGAGGAUCUGCUCAUUACCUGUGAGAUUGUCGGACCUGCCAAGGUCAAGAGACUGGUAGAGCUGUUCCGCAAAUACCCAAAGAUUCGGAUUGUGGUUGACAGUGAGGUCGGCGCCUCGGCAAUUAACGAUGCUUUGGCGAAAUCGGGCAUCACAGACCCGAUUACAACCCUGAUUGAUGUCGAUGUUGGUCUUCAUCGCACAGGUGUGAAACCUGGCGAGCCGGCACUGGCGUUAGCACGGCAUGUUGGUGGACUGAAGCACCUGAAUCUGAUUGGUGUUCAAGGCUAUGAGGGUCAUCUGCAGCAUCUACACAGCUAUGAAGACCGCAAGAGCCAAUGUCUAGAAUCCAUGCGAAUCCUGACGAGCACCGCGGAGGCAUUCCGCAAAGAAGGCUUCAAUAUGGAAGUAGUCACCACCGGUGGAACUGGAACCGCCGAGUUUUGCGCCACUGUCCCUGGCGUUACUGAACUUCAGCCAGGGUCGUUUAUCUUCAUGGAUACCGAUUACCGAAAUGCAGUGGGAACUUUCUAUUCCAACAGUCUUACCCUCCUGUCAACUGUCAUUUCUCAACAAGGACCGCGCGCCGUUACGAUUGACACUGGACUCAAGUCAUUGACCACAGACAGUGGUCUUGCAGAGUGCAAGGAUUCGAGAUAUACCUAUGGCGUUCUUGGCGACGAGCAUGGCUCGCUCAUGUGGGAAGAGGGAACACCGGCACUUUCUGUUGGCGAUCGUGUUGAGAUGAUCCCAAGUCACAUUGACCCCACAGUCAACCUGCACGACGUCUACCUUGCUCACCGUAAGGGCAUUAUUGAGGAAAUCUGGCCUGUUGAUUCGAGAGGAAAAGUGCAAUAG